AUGCCCUUCGCACAACUGGUGAUAGGCCCACCGGGCGCCGGCAAGUCUACAUACUGCAACGGCAUGCAUCAGUUCCUCGGCGCAAUCGGCCGGAAAUGCUCUGUGAUCAAUCUUGACCCCGCCAACGACGCGACGUCGUACCCUUGUGCGCUGGACGUACGCGACUUGGUCACUUUAGAGGACAUUAUGGAAGAAGACAAGUUGGGUCCGAAUGGUGGUGUGCUCUAUGCGCUCGAGGAGCUCGAAGCCAACUUCGACUGGCUGGAGAACGGGCUGAAGGAGCUUGGUGAGGACUACCUUCUUUUUGACUGCCCCGGGCAAGUCGAGCUGUUCACACACCACUCCUCAUUAAGAAACAUAUUCUUCAAGCUCCAGAAGAUGGGCAUCAGGCUCAUCGUAAUCCAUCUCGUCGAUUCUUACACCCUGACCCUUCCCUCUAUGUACAUCUCCGCCCUCCUCCUCUCCCUCCGCGCCAUGCUCCAACUAGACCUCCCACACCUAAAUGUCCUCACCAAAAUCGAUAACCUCGCCAACUACGCCCCGCUCCCCUUCAACCUAGACUUCUACACCGAAGUCCAAGACCUGUCAUACCUGCUCCCAGAACUGGAAAACGAGUCCUCGCGAUUCUCACAUGAGAAGUUCGGGGCGCUGAACCAGACAAUCAUCGAUCUGGUCGAGGAGUUCGGACUCGUUGGCUUUGAGACGCUGGCCGUCGAAGACAAGAAGAGCAUGAUGAGUCUAUUACAUUCCAUCGACCGUGCCUCUGGAUACGCCUUUGGGCCUGCCGAAGGCGCCAAUGACAGUGUCUGGCAGGUCGCCGUUCGAGAGGGUAUGGGGACCAUGGACGUGCGAGACGUGCAGGAGCGCUGGCUCGAUGCCAAGGACGAAUACGACGAACAGGAGGAGCAGGAUCUGGAAGAGGAGGUUCGUCUACGCAACCAGGCGAGUCAGAUCGAGACCACGGGUGCAGCCGACAGCCCGGAGGACGAGGAUGAUGGGCACGAUUUCGACGAGGAAUUAGAUAAAUGGAAGCGGGAGAUGCCAGACAGCGGUGUGCGCGUCUAUCGCAAGUCCUAA